CAAAGCACAAAAAAAUGUGUGUAAAAUGCUACGGUUCGUUAAUUAAGCGCUGUAUGGAUUUUUGAUACAAACAGCACUUAUAGAAACAAGUGACUAAACGACUACAAUGCUCCCAACGAUGGAUUUAAUAGAAAAGAAGAAACAUACAAAUUUGCUGGUAGGUACUGAGAGCGCGAAACAAAUAAACUCAAAAAAAAUAAUAAAUUUUCUAUAAUAUUGUUCAGUCUGUGCUCUACAAUUCUCGCGUUAACAUCGCAAAACUUAAAAGCUCGCGCCUAUAAAUAAUUGGCAUUAAAUAUUUUGUGUACUUAAAUUAAGAGUACCGUGAAAAGAAUUGUAAAUUAAUUAAAGCAUUUCCAGCUGAUUCAUUCAAAAAGAAAUAUGAAUAUUGUGAUUAGUGCUCCCUGACUGCAGUGAUUGUUUCAAUUUACAAAAAAAAAAUAUUUCAUGAGAUUGUGUAUGGUAUAUAUACAUUGUAUAAUUAUAUAAGCUUAAAAUUUGUAGUCAAUUUUGGCCCAUCAUAAAAGAAACACAUAGAAAAAAAUAUUAUUUUACACAAUUCUGCGUAUAUACAAUUUCCAGUUUUGUUGGAUUUAUUAAUGAAAAAAAAAAUUGCUUCAUUUCUUUUCGGAUCAGCUCAGCAAGUGCACGCGUUUCAAAAUAUUUGUAAACUAUUGAAAUUUGAUUUUUGCAUUCAUAAAGAGUUAUUGAACGAAGAAGAAAAAGUCUCAAUUAAUUAAGUGGUAAAUGCUUGAGCACCAAGUAAUUGCUUUACAUUUUUAGUUUCUUCUGUGAAUCUAUUCUGAUGCUUUAUGGAAAAGAGAAUGUGUGAAUUAAUUAAUUCAAUUGGUGUAUAAUUAAUACAAACUAUGUUGUAAAUCAUUCCUGCAGACAAACAACAAGUGAGAAAAAAGUGUAGCAAAGUGAGAUAUUGCAGAAGAUUCCAUAGCGAACAUGAAUGUACAUGAAAGUGAAAUCAUAAGACAGAAAUAAUGCAAAAGUUUGUAAUAAAGAAAAUUACACGUUCUACAAACAUUACAAUAAGUGAAGAACAAAAUUUACUUCAAUGUUCCGAUCAAGUUCAACAGUUAAAGCCAAAAAAACAGCUGCAUUUAGACGAUCAAAACCUUGAAAAUCAGAUAUCUGUGAAAAUGUGUGGAUAUUUGAAAAAGAAACGAAAUUUUGGCGGAUGGACAAAAUUAUUUUUCGUUCUUCAGAAUAGUCUGCUGAUGUCAUAUAAUUCCAAAGAAGAAUAUGAGGAAAAAUUGAAAUCGUUCAAGGAUGUGAUAUGCCUUAUACCAGGAAAUACAGUUUUGUUGCCAUCACUUGAACCACGUUUUACAAUAGCUUCAAAUUUAAACACAUUUUAUAUAUUUCGAUGCGAUGAUAAUAAGACUUGCUCAAAGUGGAUUACUGCAAUUCUUGAAUGCCUGUCACGGGAUAUUAAUAUGGAAUUUACCGGAAAGAAAUCAUCAAAUUUGGAAAAGAAUUCUUAUUCCCAACAAUCACUAUCGAAUGGAAGCGGCAGUAGUAAUCGAUCAAAGUACUCAAAAUUUUCAAAUCACAGCUGGGAAAAUCUUCAAGGUCCUUCGGGCAAUGGCGUUAAUUCAAAUUGGAUUGUGAAUCAUAAUGGAAGAAUUUUACUAGAAUUAAAUAUGCUGAAUUGUAAUCGUGCUAAGUUGCCAAUUGCCUCACAAACAGCUAAAAUACUUAAGAAUUGUACCGACAAUGACGUCAUUCAAACAACGAAACAAAUAAACUUUAUUAACAAUGAUGAGAAUCAUAAUUUUAUUCAUCAUAACGGCAAUCAUCAUCAUCAACACGAAAUGAAUCUGGCACAUGACACGCAUCAUCUUUUUGAAAAACCAGAUCAAUUUCGAUUACACAACGAUAGAAAGAUUCAGUCGAGAGAGGUGAAUCGUAUCAGCAAGAUGUUUCCAUCAACAACAAAAUUUUCAUCGGAAAGUGAAAGUCAACGCCCGGAAAAUUUGACGCAAUCUAACGGAACUGUCAAUGAAAUUGGAACUGAAGAACAAGAACAGACAAUAUCACUGGGUGAAGAAUACUCAAUGUUUACGACAGGAGAUUAUGCGAGCGUUGACUCGACACGUUUUAAUAAUAAAUUGAAUAUUGAAGACACGUAUAGUGAGAUAGGCUCAAAUAAUCAAGACGGACAUCAUUAUGUGAUUAAUGAUAGUGUUUAUGCCAUACCUGUAAAAAGUAAUAAAUGGAUAAAAUCACAUGAAAAUGGUGAUCUUCCUGAAUAUUCUGUUGUUAAUCUGCAUAAGAAAUAUGAAGAAAGACUAAAGAAAGGAAGGACGAGGGAACCAAUUCGUGAUGAAUUGAAAGUUAAUGACUUACUUAAGAAUUUAAAUAUUUACGAGGACAUUGAGAUUGCCAGGAAUAAGAAUCAUAAUCAUAAUAGUAAGACCAAAAUCAGUGAUGAGACAAACAUUUAUGAAUUGAUUGAUAUCCCGCCUCUUAAUCCAUCAACGAGAAAGGCAAGAAGUCUAGUGUGGAAAAAUCUGUCCCGUAUCAACAUUUUUGAUUUUGCUAAAAGAUUCAAAGAUAAUUCAUCAAAUGAUUCAUCACCAAUGGCAUCGACACAUGUUGAUUCUGAAACAAUCAAGAAAAGACAAAAGCAUUCAUUAACAUUUAAUGCAUUCAGUAAACAUUUUAAUUACCGCUCAAUGAGAAAUAAGGCAAGGAAAAUGUAUAGAAAAAGUAACUCAACUUCAGUAAUUCCCGAGAUUGUUUCGGCAUCUUCAACGACUUCUUCUAGUUUUAUGAGCUCUCAAAGAAAUUGAAUGAAUAAAAAAUUAUUAAAAUUUUAAUUGCAUUUUCGCACAUUUUUUAAUUCUAUAAUUAUAAGACUAGCUCAUUAUCAUCAUUAGCUUCCAUAUAGACAUGUUAAGAUUUCCGGCAGAGCCAAGAACUACUUGCUUAUAACUGAUUAAGUAGUUGCAUUUUCAAGGAUAUCUUUAUAAUAUGCAAUUGUUCAAUUAAUCGUCAGAAUCUGAUUAAAAUCACUCGUGGGAACCAAAUUUUUUAUAUAAAAUCAAAUGAUUUAAAGAUUUUAAAAUUUAUUUCAGUUACAAACUUGCAAGUGAAUUAUUCAGUAUGAAAUUGUUGCUUAUUUCGUUUACUUUAAUUAUUUUUAUGACUCACGUGAGUGCGCAAAAUGAAAACGAUGAAGAUUCGGAAGAUACAACAGGAGAACCACAGCCAUACCAUUAUAAAUAUAUAGUGCAAGAUGAAGAAAAAGAUCUCUAUAUUGAGAAAGAAGAGAAAAAAGAUGAAAAUCAAGAGGUUAAAGGAUUUUAUACCUAUUUGAUGCCAACGGGACGUAUUAUGAGAGUUGAAUAUGUUGCAGAUAAGGAAAAUGGAUUUGUGCCCAAAAUUUCAUACGAAGAUAGAAAUCCUUUUGUGGACGCAGAAGAAAAUGAAGUGUAGUAGUUGUGUUUUAUUAAAUUAGG